AUGGCAACAGCUGUACUCGCAGGUAGCACAGGCUUGGUCGGCUCAAACAUCCUCUCCCAGCUCCUCGCACACCCCUCCUUCUCCGCCAUCCACGCAUUUGCACGCCGCGACCUAUCCAAUCCCGCAGGCUCAACGAAGCUCCAGCCCAUAAUCGCAACCGACUCAUCACAAUGGCCCAGACAGUUCCCGUCCUCGCAGAAACCCAGAGUCUUCUUUAGCGGUCUUGGUACAACACGCGCACAAGUCGGCGGCUUCGAGGCACAGCGCAAGAUCGAUUACGACCUGAACCUCGAUCUUGCGAAGACCGCCAAAGAAGCCGGCGUAGACACGUAUGUUUUGAUUAGCAGCAACGGCGCAAGCACCGCUUCAUACUUUGCAUAUCCCAAGAUGAAAGGCGAACUGGAAGAGGCUGUCAAGGGUCUCGGCUUCAAACAUACGGUCAUUGUGCGUCCCGGUCUGAUUGUUGGGGACAGGACAGAGUCGCGGCCGGCUGAGGCUGCGCUGAGGGGUCUUGCGAAGGGAUUGAGGGGCUUGACGCCCAAGAUGACGGACUGGUGGGCGCAGGAUGCUAGUAUGAUCGCGAGAGCCGCAGUGAAUGCUGGGGUGCAGUGUAUGGAGGGGAAGAGAGAGGAGGGUGUAUGGCAUGUGGAGAUGAAGGACAUUGUUGCGUUGGGCAAGGAGUAG